GCCUCGCUACGAAUUACGUAGAUAAGAUGGUUUUCCCAACGAGUUACCGGAAGUAUUAAAAAAUAGGCUGCCUUGUACGCCGUACGGAGUUCGGAAAAGAGCAUGCAGACCCUCAAAGAUGGCGGCCGGCGGCAAGUUUGGUUUCCAGCUUCUUUCUCGAACUUUCGGCUUCAUGGAAGAUCGUGAGAUCAAAGAUCUGUUCAUGAAAUGGGGUCUGCAGGGAUACCUGUCAGUACAGACCUACAUGUUUGAGAAACACUUCCAGGCCUAUCAGAAGGAUGACUUUGUGCUGGAUUUCCUAAGAGACCCCACAGUUACCAGCACCCUGUUAAUGCCCUCCAAAAGGGGAGGAUUGUCAGCUGUAGGGAGUGCGGCAGCAAGUGUAACAGCCAAGGCUGUUCCAUGUUCCAUCAUCUCCAUGGAUUUCUUUGACCGUCUCCGAGCGGACGGACUGGUCCAUGACGACGGGAGGAUCUGUGGCUGCUUCGAUGAAUACGUUGAGGGUUUCACAAUCUCCGACGAGAUUAGAAAGAUGCUGUUAAUGGAAGAGUCUGACCAUUACGACCUGUACAGUGAUGAGGAAAAGGAGCAGUUUCUCUUCCUGCUGUUCCGCCAUGUUGUGCUAGGGGGCGGUUGUUGUCAGUACGAGGACAAUGUCGAGCCCUAUCUGAGCACUGUGAAGACUAUCUACAAGCAGCUUCUCAGUGUACAAAAGGACCCCACAACCAAGGCAUUACAAGUCCUAUCCAAUGUCUUCAGAGUUACAGCAUUGGAUGAGAAGGGGAACACUUACUAUCCCAGCGAGGACUCGGACCAUCCCCAGAACUUCUCCUAUCUCUUGGUGGAUCCUCUGAAGAGACACGUGACAGUUCUCUGUCAUGUUUACGGUGGAUCUCCUUUUUAAGGGCUAUAACAUUGGUAUUGGAGUUUCUUUUACACAAUCAAUAAUGUUUCCUCAGAUUACGUUUCAAUGCCUUAUAUCAGACACCUUCCUCAGAGUUUUUAACUGAAGAACUGUUUCUUGCCGUUGUACUGUAGAUGCAGAAACUUUCGUAGUGGUUUAAUGUUUGUGGUUUUUGUAGUGGCCGCUUCACCGCGAACUUAAAACCACCACGA